UUCUCUUUUGACAUAUUUCUCUAGCUAGCUAACUUUGAGAGCUGAACAUUUAGCUAGAAAUCAUGAGUAUAAUAAAGGUUUUUGAUCAGGAUUUUUGCAAGGGUCUCGAAAAUGUUCCAGUUUUACGAGAGGGUAAUGUCAGCAAAGAAGAAUAUCCUGCAUUUCAGUAUUCUCCAGAGAACAUCCAGGGGCCAGGAUGUGACAUAGACCCCAGUGAGGUGACUCUUCCUGGAUGCUCCUGCCACGCCCACUCCUGCCUUAGAGAGAGCUGCUCCUGCCUGCAGACAUACGGACAGACAUGCAGACAGACGUACGACAGCCACGGCCGACUCCAAGACCAGGGGGAUACAGAGACUGGUUACUGCAGGCCUGUGUUUGAGUGUAACGCCUUGUGUGGCUGUAGUGAGGCCUGCUGUAACCGGGUGGUCCAGAGAGGCCUGGGGCUCAAGUUGUGUGUCUACCCCACAGAAGACAGGGGCUGGGGGGUGCGAGCGCUGGAGCCCAUCCCCUGUGGAACCUUUGUGUGUGAGUAUGCUGGGGAGGUGAUCGGCUUUGAUGAGGCCAGACGCAGACAGCUUGCUCAGGGACCUGAGGACAACAACUACAUCAUUGCUGUGCGGGAGCAUGCUGGCCAGGGCCCGGUCAGUGAGACCUUUGUGGACCCAACUGUGGUUGGGAAUGUGGGGCGUUUUCUGAACCACUCCUGCCAGCCCAACCUUUUCAUGGUGCCUGUCCGGGUGCACUCCCUUGUGCCCAGUCUGGCCCUGUUCGCUGGCAGGGACAUCACCCCUCAGGAGGAGCUCACAUUUGACUACUCAGGGGGCUAUAGCAAUAUGCCCUCUGUGGAGAGGUUGGUUCAGAGUGACCCUUGGACAGAGGCCAGUGGGACAGGUACCCUCCAGAGGAAACCAUGCCACUGUGGUGCCCAGAACUGUUCCCAAUUCCUGCCCCUGGACAUAUCUGUUCUCAACAAUUAGAUUAGAGAUUAUACAUGUAUGUUUUGUUAUUUGAAGUGAUCAUGUUGUACUGGAAAGGAGAGACACUUUGCACUGAACCCUUGUUUUUUUUCAUCAUUUCGGGUGAAUCCAACUCUCUCAUUCUAAUGUACGUUUUAUUUAAUUAAAUGUCAGUCCAUGUGUCUUUUUGCACCCCAGUGUGACAGUUCUGUGCUAACAGCACCAUCCAUCAUUUUAGAUGGAUCUGUAUGACAUCAUUGGCACCACUAACACAGUCUGCUGGUGUAUUCAUCAUGUGCUUACCAGUGUAGCAUCCAUCUGGAUUAAAGGGGAAAUCUGGGAUUGGUACAUCCAUUUAGGAUUCAUACUGUCAUUGAUUCUUGAAUAACGUAAAUGAUAAAUGCCUCAUGAGCUUAGUUUAACUGUCAUACCCAAAAUAUAAGCUUG